AUGUCGCAAGGUGUCAAACAUCGACUGCGGUUCGGGCUGUGCAGUGCAAAGGAAUCGCUCAACGCCGCCAAGAGCGUUGCAGCCGCCAAGCAGAACGAGCUCAAGGAAGCUAUCAACGCCCACAACAAGACCAAGUGUCUCGUUGCCGAAAUUAGAGAGGCGGAAGCCAACAUCGGACGACAGCUUCGGGACAGUGCUGAGCCUCAAAUGUGCCACAAUCUGGAGGCCGUUCAGGAUGCCUGGAACGACGAAACCACCCACGAAUUCGGCGGGGAUCCCGGCUGCCCGGGCAACAACGCGGAACCUUCUGCUACUCGGCAGGCUGAGGUCGAAUCCGAGUCGUCCCGAAACAACGGCAAGGUGUCCUCAAAUCAAGACAAGGAUAAACCCCGACGUUACCGUUGCGUGGGUUUUCAAGGACAAGGACAGGCGGAGACCUCAACGGAAGACGACCGCCCACGGCGACGUGAGCAUCCAGAUGAGCAGCAAGAAGAAGACGAGGAGGAGGACGACGACGACGACGAUGAACACCGCAUCUCUCCUGCGCACCAGGCCAACUUGCAGCGCAGAUCCAGUAAGGGAAAAGAGCCCCAGGGAAUAUCUAGGAUGGCGGCUUCCUCCCAAGCCACUCACGUUCUCGGUGGGGCCCAGCAGUGUCAAGCCCGGACGGUCGAUCACGAGGCGGUGUCCACAGACAACAGCAGGGGCCAAGGGAAGGUCAGGGGCGGUGCGAAUAUCUUGAAACAAGAUCAUGAGGCCAGCAGCGCAUACGCACGGCGGAUUAAUGAGGCGCGCGAGGAGAGGACAGGUCGACGCCACCAUGGGAACAGACAGCAGGACGGCGGCCGGGCUGCCGACCAAAGCAUACCGAAGAAGCGUGUUCGUUCCGCCGGUCAGAAGAUUACCCCGGGCCGGUUCAUCGAGGGGGCAGAGCGAGCGCCCCCGCAGUUUGCCGUGAAAUUUCGGAGGCGUUCCUGGUCGUCACCGUCAGUGAGUCGGGCACCCGACGCCGUCGCAGAAAUUUCCACUAACGCCCAAACUGGCGCAUCCUCGGAGUCGAACGCCGUAGCAACCACGACGACAGAGGCAGCCAUGAGGACAGGAAAGGCGGAAGAAUCUCCCGACACGGAAAGUACGUCAGAGAUUCCAGCAGCCCUGGCUAGGGUAGAGCUCUCGUGCAAGGCCGAGCCCUCAAUGAGUGAAGGUUGA